GAUUGUUGAUAAGCAACCGACGUGGUUACCCAGUGUUGUGCUAAUUUAUCGGAUUUGUGCUAGUGAUGUUAACAUCGCCGUGAUGGAUAAAAUAUAUUUUACGAUAAACGGAGACCGAUUUUCGUUAACCGGUUCCGAAGUGUCUCCAACAACCAGUCUGAAUGAUUACUUGCGAUACCACCUGGGUCUUCAUGGCACCAAGGCCAUGUGCCACGAGGGGGGGUGCGGGGCCUGCGUCGUGUCUGUAUCCUUGACACAUCCCGGGACCAAGGAGAGACGCGUGUUUGCUGUUAAUUCUUGCCUCGUCCACAUUCUGUCAUGUCAUAAAUGGGAUAUAACAACGAUUGAAGGGGUCGGCAACCGUAAGGAUGGUUACCACAAGUUACAGACCAGAUUAGCAGCUUUCAAUGGAACUCAGUGUGGUUAUUGCACACCUGGAAUGGUUAUGAAUAUGUACAGCCUUCAGAAUAGCACUGAUAAACUUUCCAUGGAGCAAGUGGAAAGAGCAUUCGGUGGAAACAUGUGCAGAUGUACAGGGUACAGACCAAUCAUGGACGCGUUUAAAAGUUUUGCUGAAGAUAGAGAUCCCAGGUUGGAGCAAAGAGUCCAGGAUCUGGAGGACCUUCACGAAAUAAAAUGCAGAAGAAAUUGCGAAAGGAAGUGCUCUGAGGGAGACGAUUGGUGCAUCAUAGAAGAAACAAAUGACAGUCUUAUGAGCCUUGGUGGAGUAAAUCGAUGGUACAAAGCGUAUACUGUAGAAGAUGUUUUUAAGGUGUUAAGUAAAGAAGGCACUGAUAGCUAUGUCCUCGCCGCAGGGAACACAGGCAAAGGUGUCUAUCCAAACACACCAGAUCCGCGGGUAUACAUAGAUAUAUCGUCUAUAGAGACACUAAGAGACACAUUCACAGAUGGCAACUUAGUGCUAGGUGCUGGUAUGACGCUCACUGAUGUCAUGACAACUUUCCUCGCUCGCGCUAAAGCGAAUGAGGAAUAUUCUUACUUGAAACUGUUCUGGGAUCAUUUGGAGUUAGUUGCCCAUGUUCCUGUUAGAAAUAUUGGUACGAUUGGAGGAAACUUGGUACUUAAGAACAAGCAUCACGACUUCCCAUCCGAUGUUUUUCUACUUUUGGAAACUGUACAGGGCUGUGUAACUACUAUUGACAAUAACAAAAAAGAAGUAGUUACAAAAGCGAAUGACUUUAUCAAAAUGGAUUUAAGCAAUAAGCUUGUGAAGAACGUGAAACUACCCCCGCUGUCUUCGAAAAAUUUGAUACGAACAUAUAAGAUCAUGCCUCGAGCGCAAAACGCACACGCAAUAGUGAACGCUGGAUUUCUAUUCCAUGUAGACAACAAGAAUCUAAUAGAAUCGUCUAAUAUCGUCUUUGGGAAUAUAAGUCCGGAUUUCAUUCACGCAAUUGAAACGGAGAAAGUGAUACGUGGAAAAAAUUUAUUCAACGAUGAUACCUUGAGUAAAGCGCUUGAGAAAUUGCAGCAAGAGCUGGUACCGGUGGACAGUCCGCCUGAACCUUCCCCGUAUUGUCGUAAAUCAAUCGCGUUGGGGUUAUUUUACAAGGCAGUCUUAUCGCUCAGCCCAUCCGUAAACCCACGGUACAAGUCAGGAGGUGAAGUGUUGUCUCGUCCGCUGGCUACAGGCACUCAAAACUAUGACACUGACAAAUCACUAUGGCCUCUAAAUCAACCCGUGAGCAAAUUGGAAGGUUUGGCACAGUGUUCAGGAGAAGCCAAGUACUGUGGUGACAGACAUGAAACCCCGCGGGAAGUGCAUGUUGCGUUUGUACUGUCUACCAUUUGCUUGGGAGACAUCGUGUCCUUUGAUCCGUCGGAAGCCUUGAAAACUCCCGGAGUUGUGGCAUUUUACACCGCUAAAGACAUUCCGGGAAGAAAUUCCUUCACUCCCAAUGAAGUUCCAUUGCAAACAGAAGACGAAGAAAUUUUGCCACUGAAAAAAGUGCUUUAUUACGGACAGCCUAUAGCUCUAAUUGCCGCAACAAACCAUAAAUUAGCAAUCCGAGCUGCUGGUCUUGUAAAAGUGAAGUAUAAUGAAUCGAAACAAAAACCAGUUUUGAGUAUUCAAGAUGCCUUGAAAUCCCCGGAUAAAGAUAAGAGGAUACGUCAAGAAAACGACAUCGCAGCGACAGACAAAGGCACAGACGUAGCGCACAUCAUAAAGGGCUCAUACUACGUCCCAGACCAGUAUCACUUCACCAUGGAGACGCAGACCUGUACGGUGAUCAACACGCGCCGCGGGCUCGUUGUACGGUCGGCGACGCAAUGGAUGGAUUUGGUACAAGCUGCUGUUGCUAAAUCUUUGAAUUUGCCGUUAAAUAGCGUAACAGUAGAAGUGAAUCGAAUCGGCGGCGCGUACGGCGCCAAAGCAGGUCGCUCGUCGCUCGUCGCGUGCGCGUGCGCGCUCGUCGCGCACAAGCUGAACAGGGACGCCACUAUCGUGCUCCCGCUCACACACAACAUGGCGGCGAUUGGGAAACGGCAGCCGUGCUAUGCGGAGUAUGAGAUAGCAAUCAACGCCGAGGGUGUCAUCCAACACUUGAACCUCUCCUGCUACUCAGACAAUGGGUGUUCCUUCAACGAAACCUCAGCUAGUGAUCUUCCCAAUGCUUUGUCCAAUUUAUAUGAUACUGCGCGAUGGAACAUUAAGACUUACAGUGUGCUUACUGAUAAGGCCAGUAACACUUGGGCGAGGGCGCCAACUACAACUGAAGGAACAGCGGUAUCGGAGCACUUGAUGGAGCGCAUCGCUUAUACCAUGAAAAAGGAUUCAUUGGACAUCAAAUUACUUCACAUAUCAUCAACGAACAGUACAAUCAAGGACAUGAUAGAUAAAUUCAAAAUGGACACCAAUUACAACGAGCGCCGAGCGAAAAUCGCUAAGUUCAAUUCUAAAAACGCUUGGAUGAAGAAAUCAUUGAGGGUUUCUUUAAUGGCGUAUCCAAUAUUUUAUUACGGGAAUUUUCCAGUGACGAUAUCCGUGUAUCACGUGGAUGGCACGGUACUGAUCUCGCAUGGCGGUAUAGAGAUGGGCCAGGGUAUAAACACGAAGGUCGCCCAAGUAUGCGCGUAUAGCCUGAAGGUGCCUUUAGAUAUAGUCAAGGUUAAGGGUGCUGAUAGCUUCGUGUCGCCCAACACGAUGGCGAGUAGCGGGAGUAUCACCAGUGAGAGUGUAGCGUUUGCUACUAUACGUGCUUGUGAGGAGUUGCUGAAGAGAUUGGAACCAGUACGGGAAGAGCUGAAUGAACCUACGUGGGAGGAGUUGGUUACGGCGGCGUUUGAGAAAGGUAUAAACCUUCAAGUAAGUGCAAUGAAGGGAGAUGAAGAAAGCUCGCUACAGCCGUACCCAGUGUAUGGGAUUGGUUCAGCGGAGAUUGUUCUAGAUGUCCUGACGGGAUCCCACCAGCUGAUGCGAGUGGAUAUAGUUGAGGAUACUGGACAGAGCCUUAGUCCAGCGUUGGAUGUUGGACAGAUUGAAGGCGCUUUCAUAAUGGGUUUAGGGUUAUGGACUUCAGAGAAGCUGGUGUUCUCUCCCUCCGGCCAGUUGCUCACGGACCGCACGUGGACCUACAAGCCUCCCGGAGUAAACGACAUCCCAGCUGACUUCAGAAUCACGUUUAAGAAGAACUCCUUUAACAAUAACGGGGUUUUGAGGUCGAAAACGACGGGUGAACCAGCGCUCGUGCUGGCUGUGGUGGUGACGUACGCGUUACACGAGGCUAUCUGUGAGGCUCGUAAGGAGUACGGGCAUGAUGACACGGAUUGGGUUCAAGUGGAUACACCAUAUUGCGUCGAAAACAUCAUCAAAGGCAUUGCUCCCAGUAUAAACUAUUAUAAAAUUAAAUAGGAAACUGCAUUAAAACGACGUAACUAAAAACGACGAAUGACAUUAAAUAGUAUAAGUAAAUCUACUUAUUUGUUUAUAAACUGAUAUGAUACAAUUAAGAAAUAUGCAGUAUUUUAACUUAUUUUAGUUAUGGAAUAAAUAUGAGUAUUUUAUUAUGUACCUGUUUAUUACAUAAUGACAUUCACUUACCUGGUUAAUAUCGGUGACUUAAACAUUUCAAAUAAAUUAACAGAAAAUACGUUAUAUGAAUGUGUUCUCUUUUAGUCAGUACAUAAUUAUUAUGUACCAACUAAUUAACGAGAUAGAAAUUUGUGUAAUAGCACCCUAAUCAUUAUUGAAAAAUAAUGACUAUACUACAGAAAAUCACUGAAUCACAUAAUCUAUACAAAUGUUUCUCAAGUUUCAGGAAGUAUUAAUAAUAGUACAUCUCACUCAUAGAGUAUUAAUUUAAUGUAUCUUUAUCAUAAUUAAAAAAAAACUGGCCCACAAUGUCUUAUUAGAAAAAGUAUCUACUACUUUAGAUAUUAAAAUAUAU